AUGACAACAAUUAUUGACAAAAUUGAAAAAGAUAAAGAAGAUGCAAAAAGAGAGUAUGAAGGAGCAAAGAAGAAGUUGGAGGUGUGGGAAGAGAAGUGGGAAAAGAAGUUGGAGGAUUUGGAAGAGAAGUUAGAUGAUGGAAAAGCGAGGAACGAAAAACAGGAGAAAAGAUGGGAAGAUAAGAUAGCCGAGCUGAAGAAAGAGAAGGAGAGGUUGGAGAUGAAUGUGGACGAUUGGAAGAACCAAACGAUUAAUUUGCAAAAUAAAUUAGUCGACCUUGGUAAAGGAGAAGUUUCCACUGGAACAAAACGUAAGUGGGUUGGGGAUCUUGUCACUAUGAGGAAUAAACGUUUAUUUACUUUUGAACACAUUAAUUUGGUUGAUUCUCCAUCUGUUGCUGCUGUACAUCGAGUAUUCCCAAAACACCAAAGGAUUGCCAAUAUACAAUGUCACCGCCCACCAGAUUUAGACUAUAUUGGACAGCCUGUUGUUUUAUAUCAUGAAGUUUUCUCACAAUUUCUCAAAGACUGUUCAACUAUUGAAGUGGAUAUGGAAAUAUGUAAAGAAGUUCUUUCUUUUGUGAAGGUCAUGUCAGAAUUUUACACAGAUGAAAAACAUAGACAAUCUGCCACAACAUUAUUUUACUCUUGGCUUUUUGGAGAGCCUUUUCAGAAAGGUCCUAAUGGUAGUCCACAGAAUGAUGGAUAUAUAUUUGGGUCAAAAAUUGUAAAUGGAAUUAAGAUAGAUAUUCCAAUAGUCAUCCAUGAUAUGAAAAAUGAAAUUUCUACAGGAGGAUGUGAUCCAUUUUUACAAGCAUCUAUUUGUUAUACAAAGUUUUGGGCAGGUAAAUGGGAUGGAAAGCCUGAACAUUAUAAAGCAAUUUCAGAUACAUCUGUUUGUCCAGCAUUUUUAUUAUGUUCAGCAGGACCAUGGUUAUGUAUUUCUGAUUCUGUGAAAGUAGAUAACCUCAUAAACAUGAUACCCAUAGUUCCUACAGUGGAUUAUACACAACUUACACAAAUUGCUAGAAUAUUUACUGCUUUACGUAAAUCUUUUAGAAGUCUUGUUGAUUACUGUGCUAAAUUGCAACCUAACUCUUAUGAUAUCACUUCUGACACCAAAAUCUAUUUUCCUUUUCCAACUACUUUCAAUGAUGUAUCAUUUACUUAUACUUUAUAUAUUAAACCACUUAUUUUGGCUGCAAAAGCUAAAAAUCAGAAAAUCAUUGUUAAAUUUGUUCAACGAUAUAAUGUUGAUGCACAUAACUUAUGUGCUAGAGAAAAUGGAUCACCAAAUUUGCUGGAAGUUCAGGAUAAUGUUAUAUUUGGAUGGAAAAUAAUCAUUAUGGAGUCAGUAAAUGGUAAUCCUUUGAAUAUGAUAAAAGACCUCACUAUUGAAGAGAAAUCAAAUAUAAAGGGUUAUAUCAAACAUCUAAUUGAUAUAUUGCAUGAAAAUGAUAUAGUUUUUGGAGAUUUAAGAUCAAAUAAUGUUCUAUAUGAUCGUGAUUCAAGAAGAAUAUUUUUAAUUGACUUUGAUUGGGCAGGAAGGCAUAAUGUAGAUAAAUAUCCACCAUUUAUGAACCAUUCUGAUGAUAUUAAUUGGCCACAAGGGGUAGAAGAGGGGAAACUUAUGAAAAAAGAACAUGAUCUUCAUUUUCUUAAUACAUUAUGUUAA